UUUAUUUUUCUUCACUGAAGCGAUUAAGGCACUGCCAUCGUUACCGCCGAUUGUAGAAGGUCGUCGCCGGUGCUGGCGGAGUGUGUCAAUGGCGACUAGGUUUCCGAGCAAGCACGCCCGUGAUCAAGCUCUGGAUUUCCAAGGAUUUUUGACUGACUUGCAAGAUUGGGAACUUUCUCUCAAGGAGAAAGACAAGAAAAUGAAAGCGCAGGCUGAGGAAAAGGAUGUCCCUACAGCAAGAGGAAAUGUGAAGCACUCUAGUAAACUUUCUAGCAGUCCUGGAGUUAGCUUGAGACUAGGCCAAUCAAGAAGUGACACAAGACAACACGAGUACUCUAGAAAUCAUGAUGCCAUUAGCCGUAUAUCAAGUAGUUUCAUGACUGAAGAGAGCUUGCCUGAUGCUGCUUCUGAGAAAGAACUGGGCAACGAGUAUUUUAAGCAGAGGAAAUUUAAGGAAGCAAUUGACUGCUACUCAAGAAGUAUUGCCUUAUUACCAACAGCUGUGGCUUAUGCAAAUAGGGCAAUGGCCUAUAUCAAAAUCAAGAGAUUCCGAGAAGCUGAAGAUGACUGUAUGGAGGCCUUAAAUUUAGAUGAUCGCUACAUAAAGGCGUACUCACGCCGAGCAACAGCCAGAAAAGAACUUGGGAAAUUUAAAGAAGCCACUGAGGAUGCUGAGUUUGCCCUGCGGUUGGAACCUCAGAACCAAGAAAUCAAGAAACAGUAUGCUGAGGCCAAAUCUUUGUAUGAGAAGGAGAUUCUUCAGAAGGCAUCUGGAGCACUGAAAAGCUCUGUACAAGGACUGCAGAAAGUGGGAAAGUCAGUGGUGGAAGUGAAUGCAGACACUCAGGGAGUACGUUCCAUCUCAAGUAGUUCUCAAGGGGCAGGAGAGGCUGCAAUUCAAGAUCGUUUCAUGGUCCCAGCAAACACAUCCACAUCCAUGGAGGAAACGGAAAAUAAGGGAACUGGAAACAGAAGUAAAGAGAAUGGUUAUCUUGAAAAUGCUGUUCAGAAUUCUGGUUUGGAAGAUGUUAUGAGUAAUCACAAAACAGGCCAGCGAGAGAUGAAGUCAUCAUUACAAGAGCUUGCUUCUCGGGCAGCUUCUCGAGCUAUGGUUGAAGCUGCAAAAAAUAUCACAGCACCAAAUUCAGCAUAUCAAUUUGAGGUUUCUUGGCGAGGGCUUUUGGGUGAUCAUGCCCUACAGGCUUCCUAUUUGAAGGCCAUAUCACCAAAUGCAUUACCGCAGAUAUUCAAGAAUGCGUUGUCUGCUCCUAUACUAAUUGACAUUAUAAAGUGCAUUGCCACCUUUUUCGUCACAGAAAUGGACCUGGCCGUCAAAUUUUUAGACAAUUUAACCAAAAUUUCAAGAUUUGACAUGAUCAUCAUGUGUCUUUCAUCUACAGAUAAAACCGAUCUACUCAAGAUAUGGGAUGAAGUGUUCUGUAACAAGGCAACUCCAUCUGGGUAUGCAGACACACUUGGCAAACUGCGUCCAAGGUACUGCUUCAAACAGUGAUGGAUCUGCAUAUUGAACAAUGCCUUGAAUUAUCAAGUGUUUUUGUCUGUACAAACUUUCCUAGGUGUAAAUCAGGUAACUUAAAAAUUCUGGUUGUCAACACUGCUUGGUGGGGUAUCUCUGAAAUAUUUAUCGAGUUUUAAAAAGAGUUCUUUUGCUUUGAGUUC